UCCGAGUGCUACGGCCGCAGCCUGUAGGCCCUGAAGAAUGAAGAUUUGAAAGCAAGGCCAUGGCUAAACACCUGAAGUUCAUUGCCAGGACUGUGAUGGUUCAGGAGGGGAACGUGGAAGGUGCAUACAGAACCCUGAACAGAAUCCUCACUACCGAUGGGCUGACUGAAGUCAUAAAGCGGCGGCGUUUCUAUGAGAAGCCCUGCCGCCGCCGCCAGCGGGAGAGCUAUGAAACAUGCCGGAGGAUCUACAACAUGGAAAUGGCUCGAAAGAUUAACUUCUUGAUGAGGAAGAACCGGGCAGAUCCGUGGCUGGGCUGCUAAGGCCUCGUUAGUUCUGUGUCUGGCUGUUCUUCCACAACCCAAUCUCUGUUACCUUGCUCUACAAUAAACUCGAUCACGCGUGAACAAAAAAAAA